AUGCCCGUGGAAGCGGGGCCUGCGCGGCUCGUGCGCUCCGCGCAAAAGGAUGAACUGUAUCGAGGGGCGUUGAAGAGCGGAGCGGGGGCUGCCCUGGGGGGACUGGCUGGUGCUAAAACAUGGCUGGAAUGGCAGAAGGAAAUUGAGCUGCUUGCUGAUGUGGCUUAUUUCACCCUGACUACACUUUCAGGUUACCAAUCCCUUGGCGAAGAAUAUGUCAACAUUAUUCAAGUAGACCCAUCCGGGAAAAGGAUUCCUUCUUUAUUUCGACGGGCUGUCCUGAUCGCUCUGCACACUGUCUUGCCCUACUUGUUAGACAAGGGUUUAGUCCACCUGGAACAUGAACUUCAGGCAGAACCCGAUGCGACGCAAACUCUGCAAAGACCCUCCUCCUCGGGACUGCGAGGCAGGACUUUUGUGCGGAGCUGGUUGCGGAACCAGCUUGGUGGGUGGACCGAGCAGCAGAAGAAACUCCUUUCCCAGGCCGUCUAUCUCCUCAGGCACAGCAUCCCUCUUCUCCGUCGGCUGCACCUGGCCGUCUUCUAUUUGAACGGCAUCUUCUACCACGUGUCUAAAAGAAUAGCAGGGAUCUCUUAUCUGCGCUUUGCAGGACUGGCAGGAAAUGACCAGAACAUUCGAUCAAGUUACAGACUCCUCGGCAUCGUUUCUCUUCUGCAUCUGGCACUGACGGUCGGUACCCAAGCCUACAGCUACCAACAGAGACAGAGGGCGAGACAAGAAUGGAAACUACACCGUAACCUUUCCCAUCCAAAAAUCCUGCCUGAAGAGAAACUCCCGGCCCGCAGCUCCCGCUGCACUCUGUGCUUAGAAGAGCGGCGGCAUGCCACGGCCACCCCCUGCGGCCACCUCUUCUGCUGGGAAUGCAUCACCGAGUGGUGUAAUACCAAGGCGGAGUGCCCGCUCUGCAGAGAGAAAUUCCAGCCGCAGAAGCUGAUUUACCUGCGCCACUAUCGCUAACAGCCG